AUGGAGGAGCAACUCAUCCAAGCCGUGGAGAUUGCCUCCAAUCCUCUCGCCAACGCGGGGCCCGACGUCACCUCCCAGGCGCUCCAGUUCCUCGAGCAUCUCAAAACCAUCACCCACGAAAGCUGGAGCGUAGGAUGGUCGGUGUGGUCAGCACGCAAUGCACAGGGCAAUGGUCCCAAGUAUAGCCAGAACGCCCGCAUGUUUGGUCUCAUGCUCGUCGACGACUUUCUCAGCAACCGCAUCAGCCUCUCGACCGAUCCUGCCUCCGCUGUAGCCUCGCUCCAGCAGUCGGCCGUGGAGUACAUUCAGAACGAGUAUGUUGCCGGCUCGGGCGAUGGUGCCGUGCCCUAUAUUAAAAACAAGUUCGCCCAGGUCCUCGCCGUCUUGCUCCUCCAGACCUACAACUUGCCGCCACCCUACACCCUCCUGCCCACGCUGCUCUCCACCAUUCGUGCCCAUCCCGCCGCCUCGCCAUCACAGCCCUCCACUUCGCAGCUUCCUCUCAAUCCGCUCACCACCGACCUCGUCUUGCGCGUCUUGCACGAUCUCUCGGUCACCCUCGGCUCCGACGUCACAUUGAGAGCCGUCCGAUCCAAAGAGCGCUUGCAGAGAGACGCCGUUAUCCGCGACGAGAUUCGUGCCAACCACGCUUCCAACAUUGCCGACUCCGUCUGGCGCGUCGUAGAAGAGGGCUUCGGCCGCGUCAACCUUGGCGAAAAUGCUCGCGAUCCCAACACCUCGGCCGGCGUCCGUAGCAUGUCGUUUGCAAACGCAGUCGAUCUCACCGCAGCCGCCACCAAGAUUGUCGAGGACUAUGUCUCCUGGAUCGACAUCAACCUCGUUGUCACCAACCACACUGUUCCACUGCUUUUCAACGUCUUGCAUCACCCCAUCCCAAAGAUCCGUACAGCCGCUGCUGAUGCAUUGCAUGGCAUUGUCAGCAAAGGCAUGAAACCAGCCGACAAGCUCUCUCUUGCACAGGCUCUCAACCUGCCAGAAGUCAUCACGCCACUCGAAUCACGGACGCGCACUGGUUCAUCAGCCCAGAACGGUCACAACGACACGAGCGACUCCAACAUUGAAUUCCGAGAGCACCUCGCUCGUUUGACCAACGGUCUCGUGCUCGAAAUGUGCAAAAUCCUCGAAGAAGGCGCUGCCGAAGAGACUACCAAAGCAGCGGCAGAGUCGCUUCUCAACUCAAUCUUGCCCCUCGUCCUUGCCUUCUUGUCAGACGAAUACGACGACGCCUCGGAACAGAUGUUCUCGGGCAUCAACAUGAUAUUGGUCAUCUACAAGAAGGCCCGUCGACGAGGCGCAGAGCUCACCGGCGCACGAGCCGAUUUUCUCUCCAACUUGAUUGGCGUUGCGCUUCAGAAGAUGAAGUUUGACGACGAGGCCGAGUGGCCCGCCAGCAGUUUCGGAGCCGCCGACGAUGACGACGAGGAAGAGGACGAGGAUGACGCCAAGUUCUUGGAGAUGCGAAGAAACCUGCAGACCAUUGUCGGUGCGAUUGCUGCCAUCGACGACAAUCUCUUUUCCACCAGCGUCGCGCAGCUCGUUCUGUCGACGUUUACCUCGUUCGAAGCAAGCGCUGCAGGCUCGGGCGCACAGCUCUCAUGGCAACAGAUCGAACUCGCGCUGUACGUCAUUCACUUUUACGGCGAUGUCAUGACCACAGCCACCGCAGCGCCCAAAGUGGGUCUCUCGCCCGCCAUGUUCGUUCAGAGCCCCGAAGCUGGCUCCAAAGGACGAGCUCCUAAGCUCGGAAAUGAGGCACUGGCAGCUCUUCCACUCAGCAACCUGGGCGAGAUGGUGCAGAAGCUGGUCCAGUCCAACGUCUCGUCGUUCCCCCAUCCUGCCGUGCAACUGCAAUUCUUCGAAUGCUUGGUGCGAUACUCCAACUUCUUCGCCGCGCGAAGCGGUUGCGUUUCCGACGCGUUGCCUGCCUUCCUAGACUGGCGCGGCGUCCAUCACGAAAAGCUCGGCGUGCGCAAGCGUGUCAACUACCUGCUGUAUCGCUUUGUGCGGGACCUGCGCGCUGUCGCCGCCGUGCCGCUCGACUAUGUGCAACGGCUGCUGCAAGGCUUGCAGGAUAUCUUGGUUGUUCGCGCCGAGCUCCCCGAGGUGGCACCAGACGAGGAUCCGCUGGCCAAAGCGACGGCGUCAGCAGGCUAUUUUGACAGUCAGUUGUACCUGUUUGAGACGAGCGGCAUCUUGGUGUCGCUGCUCAACAAUGCUCCGAACGACCAGGUGGUGCUGCUGAAGGCCAUAUCGGAACCGCUUAGCGAGCAGAUGCGCCAAGCAGUGCAGACGUUUCAACGCAACCCGUCCGACCUCACCUCGGUGCUUCAGGUGCAUCACCUUAUGCUCGCGCUCAGCAGCCUUUCCAAGGGCUUCCCAGACCUCAACCCGAACAGCUCCCAAGUCGAGCCGCAGUGGGUCAGCGUGUUCAAGAGCAUCACGGAGCAAGUGCUGGUGAGCAUCAGCUCGAUGAACCAGUUUUCUGUGGUGCGGGAGGCUGCGCGUGGCGCGUUUGCUCGAAUGGUUUCAACAUGCGGCAAGGCUGUGCUGCCUUACAUUCCUGGUCUCAUUGAUGCGCUGUUGAGCGAAGUGACGUCGCAGGAGCUGGUGGACUUUGUCAACUUUUUGUCACUGGUGGUGAACAAGUACAAGGAUGACGUCAGAGCGAUAGUCGACCAACUCUUCCUCAUCCUCGUGGAGCGCAUCUUCUACUUCCUCAACCAGGGCAUUACAGGCACAGACGAUGCGGUGCAAAAGUCGGAACUGCAGAAGGCGUACAUGAACCUGCUGUCUUCAAUGGUGCAUUCGGGCAUGGAGGGCGUGUUUGUAUCGGACAAGAACGCAGCGCAGUUGGAGACGUUGCUGCAGAGCGUUGUGUUCUACUCGACCAACUCCGACGCCGCUUGUCAGCGCACUGCCUUUUCGAUCUUGCACCGCUUGGUUGGCUCGUGGGCCGGUUCGACUGCCGCCAACGGUGCCUCGUCCACCGCCUUGCCCGGCUUCGAGAGGUUUAUCUACGAAACGCUCAUUGGGCUGAUUUUUGAAGCACCGGCAAAGGAAAGUUUCGACUUUAGAGACGCUCAAGCUCAGAUUGUCUUGGGAGAGAUCGCUACGCUGGCCAAGACGAUUUACAGCAAGAGGGGAGACGAGAUGAUCAACUAUUUGCUGCAGGUCUACUUGCCGGGUAUUAACUGUCCGCCUGAACUGGCUCAGGAUUUCGCACAGAACCUCAAGACGCUCGAAGCGAAGCCAUUCAAGAAGUACCUAGAGGCUUUCAUCACCAAGUCUAGAGGCGGUUAG